AUGCUAAAAGGAAGUUUCUUCAAAAUAGAGCUGGGAGCUGAUGAGCUUUCAAGCUUAAGGAAACAUAGAUUUAUUGGAACAGACAACUCCAUCCUCUCGAAGUAUGUAAUCCAUCACUAUGUCAAAUGGUCACUAGAAAAAAUACCUGCAACAGUAGCCCCAAAUACACUAACUCUCUGUGGAUUUAUUGCAAUGGCAAUCAGCUUGGGCCUAACUCUGAUAUUUGAUCCCUACUUAUGCAACCCGCCCAGACUUCUUUCGUUGGUAAACUUUUUUCUGAUGUUUGUGUACUUUACAUGCGACAAUCUAGACGGUGCCCAGGCCAGGAAAACAGGGUCCGGGUCUCCUUUAGGACAACUUUUUGACCAUGGGGUGGAUUCAUGCUGUGCACUUGCCACAAGCAUAGCUCUUUCCUCUGCAUUCGGAUUUGGGCUAUCUCAGAAAUUCUUGAUAUUCACAUUGGCCAUCAUGAUCGAGUUCUAUCUUGCUGGAAUCGAGGAAAAAUUCACCGGGCACUUUGUUUUGGGAAAAAUCAGUGGAGCUUCAGAGGGCAUAGCAUUUGCUUUGAUAUCGCAUCUUAUUACCUCUCUAUGUGGAAAAGGCUUUUUCCAAUAUGUCUUUUCCGACGAGUUCCUCUGGCCCAUCAAAAAGACUUACUCCUUGAUCUUGAGAACAAACAACUUUAGUGCAAUCUCGGCAAUCAUUACUACAUGCCUGGUUGGCAAUACUAUAUUGACCUUGAUAUCGAUAGAAUCCAAAAUGCGUCCUCCAAGGAGACUUUCUUUAUACUCAACUUUUCUAAGGAUGAUGUCCCUCAUAGCAUCGUUCGUUGUUCUUCACAACACUCUCAGUACAGAAAGUUUGUGGAUACAAUAUCUAAACAUUUUAAUGUUUGGGCAGAUAUUUUCGAUAAAGUAUGUCAACGAGGUAUUUUCAUACAUCAUCGGAAAGGACUUGUUCCUGUUCAUCCCCGUGUAUUUGAUGUAUCUGAUGAUUUCCGUUGUCUUACAACUACAAAAUCCUAAGAAGUUCCGAGAAGCCUUUAUAGCUGUCUCUUUUGUCUUUUCCUCUGUUUACUACAUCUUGGUGGCUUCAAAAGUGAUCAUCACAUUCAAAGAAGCCUUGGGAAUCAGCUUUCUAACAAUCACAAAAAGAAAUAAGCCUGAGGCUGGAAGAUAG